AUGAAACAAGAUCAUGAACAGAAGAUUCAUGUGUGCAGAUAUUGUGAACAAAGUUUUUCGAAUGGGAAGAAGCUGGGAGGUCAUAUGAGGGGUCAUUUAGCGUUAAUUUCAGCUAGCAGAAAAAAGGGUACUCGAGAAAAUGAUCAAGAAGCUAUUAAUCGCGAAAAGGGUGUUCAUAUUUUUGAUGAUGAUGCUGAUGAUGAUGAUGAUCACGUAAUCAAGAAAAGUAAAUGUUUUGAUCAAGAUUAUCAUCCUAAUGGCAGAAAACAGGGUAUUCAAGAACAUGAUCGAGAAGUUAUCAAUGUCGGAAAGCGUCUUGAUGAAGAAGAUAGCGAAUUAAUCAAAAUGAGUCAACAGCGAUUGGGUAUUUACGAAGCUUAUGAUUCUAAUGGCAGAAAACAUGGGAUUCAAGAACCUGAUCAUGAAGUCGUUAAUGGCGACAAGUGUCUUGAUUUUGAUGAUGAUAACGACGAAAAUAGAAGUCAACAAACAACUGAUUUUGACCAAGAUUAUGGCGCUAACGUGUACGUUCUAAGAGAGAACCCUAAAAGAUCAUGGAGGGUUUCGAGUUCAAAUUCAAAUCCAAAUUCAUCAAAAGCUUUUGCUUCACACAAAAGAUGUCAUUCUAGAAAAGAAUCGAUCAAGAACACUGUGUGUGAAAAAUGUGGUAAAGGUUUUGAUUCAGUGAAGGCUUUGUAUGGUCACAUGCGAUGUCAUUCCAUCAAAAGAUCUCAGCCGUUGGAUGAAUCAUCUGCAUUUUCGUCAUCAGAUGAACACGAACAUGAACAAGAUGAUGACGACGGAGUAGCAAACCCUGUAAGAAAAAAGAGAUCAUGCACAAGGUACAAGUCUCCUAAGCCUAAUCACAUUUCCACUAGUUUGAGCUUUUCCAAUGAUGACGAAGUUGUAGAAGCGGCGUUGAACUUGAUGAUGCUUUCUAGGGGAGUUAGAAGUUUGGAUAGGGUUAAAUCCGUAAUUUCACAUGGCUAUUCAAGAACUCUUGAAAAGACUGUUGGAGUUGACUUUUUGGACGAUGGGUCAAUGGAGUUUUGUAAAUUCAAGAGCAAUUCCGAAUUGGGUUUGAGAAAAGAUUUGGUUUUGGGGGGCAGGUCGGGUCAAGUUAAUACGGGUCGAUUCGGGUCAACUCUAGUGAAGUCCAAGUCAAUUGGUCAAGAUUUUACUGAUUCUGAGAUAUCCAUCGAGUUAAAAAGAAGAUCAAAGGACUAUAAAUGCCCGAUUUGCUUCAAAGGAUAUGUGUCAAUUCAAGGUUUGGCUAAACAUGAAAGGGUCCAUAACAAAACCGAAAGCAAAGUGAUGGAGAGUGAUUUUAUUCCUGAUAUUCAUAGACUUGUUGAUAUCAAUCUAAAGGAGGUGUCACAAGGACAAUGUAGGUACUAA